AUGACGUCUGACAACAUCGUUGUCGUCCCACCUUUGGUCUUAGUUGGCAAGAACAACACAAAGAUACUGGACUACGGCUGCGCGUUGCUCACCAGCCACGACCUCUGUCCGCCAGGCUGCCUCGACUUCUUCCGUAUUCUGCUCAUCUACAACCACCACGGCGGCGGUGGGUUGUCAACGGUGCUCCGGUGCUACUCCUCGGACACGGGUCGCUGGGGACCGGAGACUAAAUCCAUUGUCAAGAUACCUAGUUCCAAGAUCAGCAACAUCGGCCCUGCCGUGAUACACCGCGGGGUGGCAUACUUGGCUCUCGAGCAGGGUGUGUUCGGGGUGCGCCUGGAUCGGAUUGAGGAGGACCAUACAAUGGACAUGCAUCUCGUGCCGUGUGACACCUCAAAAUUUAGCCCAAACAACCGCCUGAUGGGCGUCUCAUCGGACAAUCGGCUUUUCUUGAUGAAUUGUUGUUUCAAAGCAAUCUCAAAAAUGAAAAUGUGGAAAAAGCUCGUGCUGAAGCUAACCUAUCUCGAGUUUGCACAUGAAGAUGACAUCCACACCGCUAAGAUAUCUACCAUUCGUGAAGUUCUGUCGAUGAAGCAGAUUGGGAAGCAGAUGGAGGUGGCAUACUACCCCCCUGCGAUCAAGCUGCGAUGGUUUGGCGAGAAGAGUGGGAUCUUGUUGUUCACCAUGGGAGAGCGUAGCGGGCACAAUGGCACCUAUAUGAUGAACCUUCGGGAGCAAGUGGUUGACAAGGUGGCGGAUGAUGGGCACUCUUGGAAGAACCUGCUCGGGUAUGAGAUGGAUAUGGCGGCGUACCUUGUCUCUGUCGGCCAGAUAUCCUUCACUUGA